CCUCAUUGCCGCUUCCUGCCUCUCCGUCAUUCACACGCCGAGAGCGCAAGAAGUGCCACAUAUGAUAAUUUUGAAACCUGCCUCGACUCGAAUGUGGAUAUUUAUUAGUCUCUUGCUCUAUGUCACAGGCUUGUAGUGUUGAAUGAAGUAGACUCCUUCCCACCCCCCCGGCAUCCCAUCUGUGUAUGUGCCUGUGAGGGAAGAAGAGGAUCAGGAUGAUUGCAGCCCAGCUAUUAGCCUACUACUUCACUGAACUCAAGGAUGACCAGGUUAAAAAGAUUGACAAGUACUUGUACUCCAUGCGCUUCUCCGAUGAGACGCUUCUGGACAUCACGCAGCGCUUCCGCAGGGAGCUGGUCAAAGGAUUGGGCCGCGACACCUGCAGCACAUCAUCUCUUAAGAUGUUGCCGACAUUCGUGCGCUCCAUCCCCGACGGCUCAGAGAAAGGAGACUUCAUUGCGUUGGAUUUGGGAGGAAGUGCCUUCAGGAUCCUUCGCGUUAAAGUCAGUCAUGAGAAGAAACAAACCGUUCAGAUGGAGAGCCAGAUCUAUGAAACACCAGAGGACAUCAUGCAUGGGAGCGGAACAAGAUUGUUCGACCAUGUGGCAGAGUGUCUGGGUGACUUCAUGGAAAAACAAAAGAUUAAAGACAAGAAACUGCCAGUUGGGUUCACCUUCUCCUUCCCUUGCCAACAAACCAAACUGGACGAGAGCACUCUGAUAACCUGGACGAAGCGCUUCAAGGCAAGUGGAGUGGAGGGCAUGGAUGUCGUCAAGCUGCUCAACAAAGCCAUCAAACAACGAGGAGACUAUGAAGCUGACAUCAUGGCUGUGGUGAACGAUACCGUCGGAACCAUGAUGACUUGUGGCUUUGAUGACCAACGCUGUGAAGUCGGAAUCAUCAUCGGAACUGGGACCAACGCGUGCUACAUGGAGGAGCUGCGUCACAUCGACCUGGUGGAGGGCGACGAAGGCAGGAUGUGUGUGAACACAGAGUGGGGCGCCUUUGGAGACGACGGCUGGCUGGAAGACAUCCGGACGGAGUUUGAUCGAGAGAUUGACCGAGGUUCUCUCAACCCCGGCAAACAGCUGUUUGAGAAGAUGGUUAGCGGCAUGUACAUGGGCGAGCUGGUCCGUCUUAUUCUGGUCAAGAUGGCCAGAGAUGGUCUGCUGUUUGAGGGAAGGAUCACCGCUGAGCUUCUUACUAAAGGGAAGAUUGAAACCAAGCACGUUUCUGCCAUUGAGAAGAGUAAGGAGGGAUUAACCAAGGCCAAAGAGAUUUUAACCAGACUUGGUGUAGAGCCCUCAGAUGAUGACUGCGUCGCCGUUCAACAUGUUUGCACCAUUGUGUCUUUCCGCUCUGCCAACCUGAUCGCGGCGGUGCUGGCGGGCAUCCUCAAGAGACUCAAGGAGAACAAAGGCGUGGCCCGACUGCGCACCACUGUUGGCAUCGACGGAUCUCUCUACAAGAUGCACCCGCAGUACGCCCGUCGUCUUCAUAAGGCAGUCCGUCGGCUAGUCCCGGAUUCUGACGUGCGGUUCCUCCUGUCAGAAAGCGGCAGCGGAAAAGGCGCCGCCAUGGUGACAGCUGUCGCCUACAGACUCGCCGAGCAGUCGCGGCAAAUUACGCAAACUCUGGCGGAGUUUCGCCUCACGACUGAUCAGCUACUCGAGGUAAAGAUGCGAAUGAGGACCGAGAUCCAAAAUGGCCUUUCGAAAGCCACGCAGGAUUCCGCCACUGUCAAAAUGUUGCCAACUUUUGUGUGCAGCACUCCCGAUGGCUCAGAAAAUGGCGAUUUCCUGGCUUUGGAUUUAGGAGGAACCAACUUUAGAGUUCUGAUGGUCAAAAUUCGCUCUGGGAAGAAGAGAUCAGUGGAGAUGCACAACAAAAUCUACGCCAUUCCUCUCGAAGUGAUGCAGGGAACAGGAGAGGAGCUGUUUGAUCACAUUGUGCAUUGUAUAAGUGACUUCCUGGACUACAUGGGGAUGAAGAACGCUCGUCUUCCUCUGGGCUUCACCUUCUCGUUCCCCUGCCUUCAGACCAGCCUGGAUGCUGGCAUCCUGGUGACGUGGACCAAAGGUUUUAAAGCGACCGACUGUGAAGGAGAAGAUGUGGUGGGGCUUCUGCGAGAGGCCAUUAAAAGGCGAGAGGAGUUUGAUCUUGAUGUCGUGGCUAUUGUCAAUGACACGGUGGGCACGAUGAUGACCUGCGCAUACGAGGAGUCCACAUGUGAGGUUGGGCUCAUUGCUGGCACCGGCAGUAAUGCGUGUUACAUGGAGGAGAUGAGGAACAUCGAGACGAUCGAUUCCGACGUAGGACGAAUGUGCGUCAACAUGGAGUGGGGGGCCUUUGGCGAUAAUGGAUGCCUGGACGAUAUCAGAACGGAAUACGACCGCGCUGUUGAUGACUUCUCUCUCAAUCCAGGAAAACAGAGAUAUGAGAAAAUGUGCAGCGGUAUGUACCUCGGCGAAAUUGUGCGGAACAUCCUCAUCGAUUUGACCAAGAGGGGCUUCCUCUUCAGAGGGCAGAUUUCAGAGACGCUGAAAACCAGAGGCAUCUUCGAAACAAAGUUCCUCUCUCAGAUUGAGAGUGACAGAUUGGCGUUACUGCAAGUGAGGUCCAUCUUGCAGCAUUUAGGCCUGGACAGCACUUGUGACGACAGCAUCAUUGUCAAAGAGGUAUGUGGAGCAGUGUCACGUCGAGCCGCUCAGCUGUGUGGGGCCGGAAUGGCGGCAGUGGUUGAUAAAAUCAGAGAAAACCGUGGAUUGGAAUAUUUGAACGUCACUGUAGGGGUGGAUGGCACGCUCUACAAACUACAUCCACACUUCUCUCGGAUCAUGCACCAAACUGUCAAGGAACUGGCCCCUCACUGCAACGUCAACUUCCUGCUGUCGGAGGACGGCAGCGGCAAGGGGGCGGCGCUCAUCACAGCCGUGGGGGUCCGGUUGAGACAGGAGAACAGCACCUCAUAACUGUCACACACUUCAGCCUCGUUCGUCUAUCGACUCCCGAAGGCCCCACAGCUGCCACUCCAGGAGCUGCUUUAUUGUUUUCAUGUUGAAGAAAGAUAACUAGCACCAUCACCAUAUUAGCUACGAAAGCAAGUGUAACUUUAUAAAUGGCCGUAACUCAAUGCUUUGAUGACAAUAGCACACUCCUGCAACGUUGCACCGUGGUGUGUAAUGUUGCCACCCUCGGGAUUUUCCAAGUGACAGCAGGCUAUCUGCAAGAUUAUAGAAUGUCUCAAUGCGGUUGCAAAGGUGCAUUAAUGUUCCUCCAUGAUGAUCCUAAAAUUAGAUUUUGUACCAAAGUCGGCAGAAUGCAUCUGGAAAAAAAAAUAUGUGAAAGGGAAAUCUGUUUUUGUUUAAAGCUUUUCAGAUGUUAUUUCAGUAGAAAACAUAUUUCACAUGUAGCAUUGUUAUUUAUUUUAUUUUUCUAUCCAGAGAUGAUUAAAUGCUACAAUAAUGAUCCAAGCGCACAGAAAAAACCUGCUAUUUAUUAUCACCUCAGUCGUGUAAAGAUGAACACGAAACAUCCAAUCUCUGCUAGACUAAGGCGCUUACUGAACGUGCUUGAUUUAUUCUCUUGUUCUCUACUGUAAAAUAUGUCCAAAGAACAAUUGUAUUUGGGCAAAUCCAAGUGUGCUGCUGUUAUACACUGCGUUAAUUCAGCAGUUAGCGACAGCAAUGCAAGUACGUGAAGUGCUAUCCUGGGUGUCCGUUGGUGCACCACCGGCCCAAAUCUGUGGAAGAAUAUUACACUUGCUGAAACCUUAAGCAAUUUACUCACUGCAGAGGAGGCUUUUAAAUGUUCUCACUUCCUGUAUGAUAUAUGCUCCUCAAAACUCAGGAUGAAGCUAUUUAAAUUAAAAUCAUUUACUUAAUUUGUUUUUAUGUUUUUGCUGUACCAAAAAGCAAGUAAUCAUGCAUGACUUGGAAAUCCUUUCCCAAGUUGACUCCUGGUGUCCCCCAGGGGUCCAUCUUAGGUACUAUAUUAUAGGUAACUCGGUAAAAUAUUACGAUGUUGGCAAAUUCACUUGCACUCUCAGACACUAUUGUCUCAAUAAGAACAGUUCUUGAAGAUGUUUGCUUCCCAGAUGGUGUUUUGGGAGAACAUUACAGUAUUACAAAUUUUAAAAGUAAUGUACCAUUGAAAUAGGAGACGUGCUGACAUGUAGACAAGUAGACAAAGCUGAUUAGUAUUCAUUGUGCAUAAGUUAAAAAAAAAAAAUCAGGUUUCUGUAGGCAAAGAAUCAAAUAACAAUAAGAACUCGAAUUAAUGACAGAGUAAAAUCUGUUUUUCCCCCAAAUAAAUCACUCCACUAUAAGUGUCAGUGUCUAUCACAUAAACAGUUGAAUUGCUUGCUGUGUCCAACACUGUCAACCCUUCACUAAAUAAAAUCAAGCCGACG